AUGGCAAGGAAGAAAUUCAGCGGAUUAGAAAUCUCCUUGAUUGCCCUGUUUAUAAUUGUGACUUUAAUUGCUGUGGCCUUAGUUGUGGUAUUAGCAACAAAAACACCAGCAGUCAGAGAAACCGUUUCAGGAGAUACAACCCCAACUCUAGGAACAUGCCCAAGUGAUGUGAAUGACAAUAUAGACGGGAGAAUAAACUGCAUACCAGACCAACUUGCAACGGAGGCAACAUGUGCCCAGCGUGGCUGCUGCUGGAGUCCACUGAGUAGCACUACCUACCCUUGGUGCAUCUUUGGGGACAAUCAUGGCUACAGUGUUGACCAACGGCAGACAACUAAUGCUGGAAUGCAAAUUAGCUUAAAGAGGAUAUCUUCACCUACUAUAUUUGGAAAUGACAUUAACGAUGUUUUGCUCACAACGGAAAGUCAAACAGCCCGUCGACUUCGGUUCAAGAUUACUGACCCUAACAACCAAAGAUAUGAAGUUCCCCACCAGUAUGUCACAGAAUUUACUGGAUCAGCAGCAACAGAUACAAAUUAUAACAUAGAAGUGACUGACAAUCCGUUUUCCAUCAAAGUAAUUCGAAAAAGCAACAACCGAGUUUUGUUUGACACGAGCGUUGGGCCUCUGGUUUACUCAGACCAAUACUUACAAAUCUCAACCAAACUACCUAGCAACUAUUUCUAUGGCAUUGGGGAACAUAUACACAAACGGUUCCGUCAUGACACAUACUGGAAAAACUGGCCCAUCUUUACCCGGGAUGAAGGGCCUGGUGAUAACAACCAUAACUUAUAUGGCCACCACACAUUCUUCACAUGCAUCGAAGACAAUACAGGACUAUCUUUUGGAGUUUUCCUAAUGAACAGCAAUGCAAUGGAGAUGUUUAUCCAGCCGACCCCUAUAAUAACUUAUAGGGUUACAGGUGGAAUUCUGGACUUUUACAUUUUUGUAGGAGAUAAUCCAGAGCAAGUUGUCCAACAAUAUACUGAGUUUAUUGGACGGCCAGCAAUGCCUUCAUAUUGGGGUCUUGGAUUCCAACUGAGCCGUUGGAAUUACCUAAGUCUUGAAGAAGUGAGAAAUGUGGUGGAACGAAAUCGGGCAGCUGGCAUUCCUUUUGAUGUGCAGGUCACUGAUAUUGACUAUAUGGAGAAAAUGAAAGACUUUACUUAUGAUACGGAAGCUUUUUCAGGACUCCCUGAAUUUGUUCAAGAUUUGCAUGACCAUGGACAGAAAUAUGUCAUCAUCCUGGACCCUGCCAUUUCUACAGAAAGCCGACUAAAUGGAGAUCCUUAUGAGACAUAUGAUAGGGGAUCAGCACAGGAUGUGUGGGUGAAGAAAGCAGAUGGGGUAACACCACUCAUUGGAGAGGUCUGGCCUGGCGUAACUGUGUUUCCAGAUUUCACCAAACCACAAUGUAUAGACUGGUGGACAAAUGAGUGUCAAAUUUUUCAUGAUACAGUGCCCUUUGAUGGAUUAUGGAUUGAUAUGAAUGAAGUCUCCAGCUUUGUUCAAGGAUCGAGUGAGGGAUGUGAGGCCAACAAACUGAACUACCCACCUUUCACUCCAGGUAUACUUGACAACGUCAUGUAUUCAAAGACCAUUUGCAUGGAUGCUGUGCAGUACUGGGGGAAGCAAUAUGAUGUCCACAGUCUUUAUGGAUACAGCAUGUCAAUAGCCACAGAAAAAGCCAUAGAAACUAUAUUCCCAAAUAAAAGAGGCUUCGUUUUGACCCGCUCCACUUUUGCUGGCUCUGGAAGACAUGCUGCCCAUUGGUUAGGAGACAACUCUGCUUCAUGGGAACAGAUGGAAUGGUCAAUCACUGGACUGCUGGAAUUUAGCCUGUUUGGAAUACCUUAUGCUGGAGCAGACAUCUGUGGCUUUGUGGGUGACACCACAGAAGAGCUGUGCACUCGAUGGAUGCAGCUUGGAGCAUUUUAUCCAUUUUCUAGAAAUCAUAAUGCAGAAAAUUACAUGUCUCAAGACCCAGCUUUUUUUGGAGCAGAUUCUACUUUGGUCAGGUCAUCGAUAAAUUAUUUGACUAUCCGCUACACUCUGCUGCCCUUCCUCUAUACCCUGUUUUACAAAGCUCAUGUGUAUGGAGACACAGUGUCCAGGCCAUUCCUUCAUGAGUUUUAUACAGAUGAAAACAGCUGGAUUGAGGACACUCAAUUCUUAUGGGGCCCCUCCUUGCUUAUCACACCUGUUCUGAAAGAGGGUGCCGAAACUGUGAGUGCAUACAUUCCUGAUGCAGUGUGGUACGACUAUGAAACGGGGGGCAGAAGAUCAUGGAGAAAAGAACGAGUUGAAAUGUAUCUUCCCAUAGACAAAAUAGGAUUACAUCUGAGAGGAGGCUACAUUUUCCCCGUUCAGCAACCCAGUGUAACCACAACUGCCAGUCGUCAGAAUCCCCUUGGCCUCAUCAUUGCGUUGGAUGAAACUAACACAGCCUUUGGAGACUUCUUUUGGGAUGAUGGAGAAAGUAAAGAUUCCAUAGAAACAGGAAACUACAUCUUCUACAACUUUUCAGUUGCUUUUGAUAUAUUAGAUAUUAUUGUUGUACAUCCAUCAGACUCAUUCAGCUCAUUAGCUUUUGAGGAAAUUAAAAUUCUUGGAUUUGAGUACGAUGCUACAAGCAUCAUAGUGACUGAUCAAAAUGACAAUGAGUUAUCAUCUAAUCUUAUGUGGAAUCAUGAUUCUUCAAACAAGGUUCUUCAAAUUACAGGACUCCAGCUUUCCCUCGGCCAGUCUUACAGAGUAAAAUGGACUUCAUCCUUCCCUACAGAAGAAAGAUUUGGUUGUUAUCCAGAUGCUGGUAGUGCAAACAUAGAAACUUGCGAAAGCCGGGGCUGUUUGUGGAAUUCGGAUACCGAAGGAACUUCAGCACCUCAGUGCUAUUUUCCUAGUGAUGAUACUUCUUAUGAAGUCAAUUCAAUAGCAUAUACUUCAACAGGCAUCACAACUGAUCUCCAAUUGAUUUCCAGCAAAGUACGCUCCUUACCGUAUCCUAAUCCUAUUUCCAAUCUUCGACUGGAGGUGAAAUAUCACAAAAAUGAAAUGCUUCAGUUUAAGAUUUAUGAUGCUGACAGAACGAGAUAUGAAGUUCCAGUACCGCUAAACAUUCCUAGUAAUCCUACAAGCACUUAUGAAGAACGGCUGUAUGAUGUUGAAAUUAAAGACAGGCCAUUUGGUAUCCAGAUUCGUCGAAGGAGCACAGGAGUAGUCAUUUGGGAUUCUCAGGUGCCUGGGUUUGUUUAUCAUGACCAGUUCAUUCAGAUAUCAACUCGCCUGCCAUCAGAAUUCAUCUAUGGAUUUGGGGAAGUUGAACAUACUGCAUUUAAGCGAGAUCUGAACUGGCAUACUUGGGGAAUGUUCACCAGAGACCAGCCGCCAGGUUAUAAACUCAAUUCCUAUGGCUUUCAUCCCUAUUACAUGGUAAUGGAAAAUGAAGGCAAUGCUCAUGGAGUUCUUCUGCUCAACAGUAAUGCAAUGGAUGUGACAUUUCAGCCAACCCCUGCUCUGACUUACCGCACAGUUGGUGGGAUCUUGGACUUUUACAUGUUUUUGGGUCCAACUCCUGAAGAGGCAACUAAGCAAUAUCAUGAAUUCAUUGGCCACCCAGUUAUGCCACCUUACUGGGCUAUGGGAUUCCAGCUGUGCCGUUAUGGAUACCGAAACACCUCUGAAAUUGUUGAACUCUAUGAACAGAUGGUGAAUGCCGCGAUCCCUUAUGAUGUACAGUACACAGACAUUGACUACAUGGAGCGGCAACUUGAUUUUACCCUUGGUGAAAGAUUCGAGGAUCUCCCACAGUUUGUUGACAGAAUUCGACAAGAAGGGAUGAGAUACAUUAUUAUUCUGGAUCCUGCAAUUUCUGGAAAUGAGACAAAGCCCUAUCCUGCAUUUACCAGAGGCCUUGAGCAAGAUGUCUUUGUCAAAUGGCCAAAUAGUGAUGAAAUUUGUUGGGCAAAGGUUUGGCCAGAUCUGCCUGAUAUCCCAAUAGAUGAAACUUUGAGUGAAGAUGAAGCUGUAAAUGCUUCCCGAGCUCAUGUGGCUUUUCCGGAUUUUCUCCGGCCGAUCACAGCUGAUUGGUGGGCAACUGAAAUCGACGAUUUCUACAAUAAUGUGAUGAAGUUUGAUGGCUUGUGGAUUGAUAUGAAUGAACCAUCUAGCUUUGUCAAUGGGACAACUUCUAAUGUAUGCCGAAAUGAUACUCUAAAUUACCCACCUUAUUUUCCAGAUCUAACAAAAAGAGGAGAAGGAUUGCAUUUCAGAACAAUAUGCAUGGAAGCUGAACAGAUCUUGAGUGAUGGAACCUCAGUACUACAUUAUGAUGUUCACAACUUAUAUGGAUGGUCCCAGGUGAAACCAACUUAUGAUGCCUUGCAAAAAACAACAGGCAAACGAGGAAUCGUUAUCUCUCGUUCCACAUACCCUACUGGUGGUCGAUGGGGAGGACACUGGCUUGGUGACAACUAUGCAAACUGGGAUAAUAUGGACAAAUCCAUCAUUGGUAUGAUGGAGUUUAGCCUCUUUGGGAUAUCAUAUAUUGGCGCUGACAUCUGUGGCUUCUUCAACGAUUCAGAAUAUGAGCUGUGUACCCGAUGGAUGCAACUUGGAUCAUUUUACCCAUUUUCUAGAAAUCAUAACAUUGCAUUUACUCGGAGACAAGAUCCUGUUUCUUGGGAUGAAGCUUUUCAAAAUAUGUCCAGGAAUGUUCUUAAUAUCAGAUACACUCUACUGCCUCAUUUCUACACAUUAAUGCAUGAAAUCCACGCUAAUGGUGGUACAGUCAUCCGUCCUGUCUUCCAUGAGUUCUUUGACGAUCAGGAAACCUGGUACAUUUUCAAGCAGUUUCUUUGGGGCUCAGGCUUUUUGGUCAGCCCAGUUAUGGAGCCGGGUUCCAGAAAUGUAAUAGCAUAUAUGCCUGAUGCCCGCUGGUUCGAUUACCACACGGGGCAUGAUAUUGGUAUUCGGAAACAAUAUACAAACCUUGAUGCUCCCCUCGAUAAAAUCAACCUCCAUAUCCGGGGUGGUCUUAUUCUUCCUUGUCAGGAGCCUGCCCAGAAUACCUUUUAUAGUCGAAAGAAUUUCAUGGGACUCAUUGUUGCUGUAGAUGAUAACAACAAGGCACAAGGCUCGUUGUUCUGGGAUGAUGGAGAGAGAAUUGAUGCUUAUGAAAACGGCCUAUACCUGUCAGUACAGUUUCAAUUAGAUCAGAGUACUCUGACAAGUACUGCCAUACAUAGUGGGUAUUCAAACCCCGAUGAGCUGAGGCUUGGCUAUAUCAAAGUGUGGGGAAAAGACAAGACUUCAGUUAGAAGUGUUCAACUCGUAUACAAUGGCCAGAGACAAGACCUCGACUUUGACGAUGAUCCAGACAAUGGGAUAUUAGAAAUUAGUCUUUAUGGCAAAGAUGUCAUCUUGGAGAACGACAUAGAAAUUUCUUGGACUACAUGA